UCCUGAGCGAGGACGGCAAACAGCUGACGGUGAACAACAACUCUCUCACACAAACACACACGCGCACACAGCGUCGCCUUUUCGUGCAAGCGUGUCGUUCGUGUGGUGGAUUCCGCACGAAGCCCACAAACUACCGCACGGACACCUCCUGUGUGAUGGCUGGCGUCGGGCUCCGGCUCACUAGCGAAGUUGACGUUUUUUGGCUCCUGUAAAAAAAAUUUAAAAAAAAGACCGACGUGGCGCGAGCCUUCCGAGGAGACCCCCCUCCACACGCCCGGCACCAUUAACUCCCGAACCGAGCCGCAACCAUGGCCGCGUCCCUCAUCCGGGCUUGCCGCAGUCUGGCUCUCUCGACGUGGCUGUUGUCGUUUUGUUUCGUGCACUUGUUGUGCCUGGACUUCACGGUGGCGGAGAAGGAGGAGUGGUACACCGCCUUCGUCAACAUCACCUACCUGGACCCCGUCACCUCGGAGGUCAAGACGGAGAAGACCGAGUGCGGCCGCUACGGCGAGCAGUCGCCCAAGAAAGAAGCCCGGGGUCUCGCGCUGGUGCCCUCGGGCCUGCAGGACAGGCAGGCGUGCGACCCGGGCGUGCGGUUCCCCCCGGCGCCUCUGAACACCGCCUGGGUGGCGCUGGUGGCCGCGGGGAACUGCACGUACCGGGAGAAGAUCCGUAACGCGGCGCACAACAACGCCUCUGCGGUUGUCAUCUACAACGUUGGCUCCGGCGGCGCGAACGACACCAUAACGAUGCCCCAUCCAGAUACAGGCGACGUUGUGGCCAUCAUGAUCCCGGAGUAUAAAGGCCGCGAGAUUGCAGCCUUGCUGGAGCAGAAAAUCAUGGUCACACUGUACAUCUCCAUAGGAACCCGCAACCUGCAGAAAUAUGUGAGCAGAACGUCAGUAGUGUUUGUCUCCAUCUCCUUCAUCGUCCUCAUGAUCAUCUCCCUGGCCUGGCUCGUCUUCUACUACAUCCAGAGGUUCCGCUACGCCAACGCGCGAGACCGCAAUCAGAGACGUUUGGGAGAUGCCGCCAAAAAGGCCAUCAGCAAGCUGCAAGUCCGCACUAUUAGGAAAGGAGACAAGGAGACCGAGUCAGACUUUGACAACUGUGCAGUUUGCAUUGAAGGUUAUAAGCCGAACGACGUCGUGAGGAUUUUACCGUGCAGGCACAUCUUCCAUAAGCACUGCGUAGACCCGUGGCUACAAGACCACCGGACGUGUCCCAUGUGUAAAAUGAACAUCCUCAAAGCCUUGGGAAUCCCACUCAACGCGGAUUGUCUAGAUGACGUUCCUCCAGACUACGGGACGCCCGUCGGCGGCGACUACAACAACCCCAUCAGCGGCGCGAGUGAAGUGACGGUUAACGAAAGCUCCGUGGUUCUGGAUCCUGCCGGCAGAGCGACCGACCCACGGCAGCUCCAUCCGGGCGAAGACGCAGAACCUCGGGCGGCACAAAGCCACAGCCUCGCCAGCUGUGGGCACCAGCCUCCACCCGGCAGCGACUACGGCGCCUCUGUCAUCAUGGGCGUGGUGGUGGGCAUGCCCGAAGUGGACCUUUCCACGGAGCCAGAAUUGGACCGGGCCAAAUCCUGAGCCAAUGAAAGUUGAGACGAAAAGCAUGAAACACAAAGAGGAGGAGGAGGAGGAGGACAAAAGCAUGACAAAGUAACGGGGGACCCCCCCAGAGAUCCUCCACGUCUUUGACCCCCUGGCGGAGGCGACUCACACAGAAGAAGGGCAAAUGAACAUUACAACCUAGCAGCCCAAACACCCUCCACCCUCCUCCCCCCAAUUUUGUGGCCCAGUUUCUAUAAAACGUAAUGAUACAAUAUGCAUCAAACAUUCAUUUGAUAUGUAAAGAUAUAGUGGAGUAACGUCUGGCUGAGAAGAGAGGGAGCCGAAGUCCUCUGCCCUGUGCUGACAUUUCCAGUCCAGUCGCAUGUGUAUUUUUUGUGCAUGUGAGUUUGCCCCACUCAAAAGCCCAUCCAGUGGUUACAGCUGAUUACACCGUCCUCACCAGCGCCGAUGGCCCCGUCAGCACUGUUCUUCGCACUGUUCGCUGCCAGCCAAAAUCUCAGCCGUUGCCAUGUUGAGAGUCUUGCAGGUUGAAUAAGGCCUAAUACUGAGUUUACCGGUGAACAAAAAAAUGUUUCUAAAACGGUGGCUGGACACAAUUUAAGCAGUAUCAUUAAGGUCAGAUUGUAGCUUUAUUUUUGUUUUAUUCCCUUGAAAACUUGAAGCACAGGUCUUUAAGGUCCAUGUGGUCAUGUGACAUUCAAAGAGUCCAAAUGUGUAUGCACACGUUACGCUGAAAUCACAGAAUUUUGAAAUGCAGCGUUUUUUGCGAGACCUUCAACGAUAACCUACACUUCACCCACUGAAUAUUCCAACACCAAAAACAAGGUAGAUAUUUCUGCCCUUGAAUUUGACAAUCAUAGCUUUCCACAGGCAGUGUCACCCGCUGCCCCACUGAGACUGCUGCUGUUUAUUAUCACAUUAAACUGCACUUGUGAUCAGCUGGCGAGGCUGGUUGUCGGUACGGGAUCCUGACACGGUGCACAUACUGGACACAAACCGGUCUUUGUUGGAUCAAUUGAGAGGUUUAGUUUGUAAUUAAUCCCCUCUGAGUCAGCUCAUUUUGCAAACCUACAUGCAUCGAGACCUCGAUAAUAUCUCCGUAAUAAAGCACCUCAGCAACAUGGUGUCUUGAGAAUUUGCAGGAAACACCAGCUUAGCGUGGGAAAGUUGCCAAAUCGACGGAAUAAAGGUGUAUUUUCAAAUGUAGCUCGCACUUCGACUUCUGUGGCGAUACUGACUUCACAUUCAUCGUCUUUUAACGUUUUUUUUGGUAGAAUCCAUUCUUCUACUUUUCUUUUUUUGCCGUUGUCCUGCCGAUCCCCCUCCUCAUUACUUGUCCAAUAAUGUCAAAUUGAAGCAGAUCAGUGGAAUCUACUAGUUGAUUUGUUAUGUUUUGUCUCACAUUCCUGUCAACUUGCACACUAAAGAAGCACAGACCAAGUCGACGGAGCCAGUGGAAACUGGCUGGUUUUCUCUUCCUGUCAUGGUUUCCAUUAUAUGCUGCUGUCAGGCACUUCAUCAUGCACUCUGUUAUGUAACACACACACACACACACACACACACAUGUCCACAAUCCUCUGUUUGGGUUGAUUGUUGAAGGAUUAUUGAAUGUACGGGCAAAUAUUUGAUUGUUUGUUGAGCGUUUAAAGCAUUUAGUUAGAGCGUAGCUUCUUGUCUGUAGCAGCUUUAUACCGGAAACACUACUUUCUAAAUCACAUUAAAGUAAGAAAUUAGAAUAUAUAGUUUUACCAUGAAAUACUGCCUCAAGUGGGACACAUUCACGAAUGUACGUUUUUAUUCAUUAUCCAUUAGACGAGGCCGUCUGUCUAAAUAUCAGGUGUAGGUGCAGCUAUGCAUCGUCUGCAUUGUGGAGGAUGUUUGUGAUUCUUGCCAGUGCAUCAGCAGACCUAAUGGGACCGCACAACACACAAGAUAAUAACUGCUCUCCUUGUUUAUGUCAACACUUUAUGUUGUCCUCUUGUCCCUCACACACACACACACACACACUCAACUCAAUGUAUUGUACACGCAAUGUUGAGUAGCACAUUAUUUCAUGUGUCCGCAAUUUCCUGUUAACUGGUAGUUAAUCAAAGCUAUCGUAUAUUUCAUUUCCUUCUCUGGUCCCAUGUGUUUUCUUCCUUUUUGUGUAAAUGUUCCUAUAUUUCAGUUUAAGCUACCGCAGAAUGAGGAGACUUGAGGAAGUCUGUUUUUAAUGUUCACCUUUUGACAAAUGGGGACUACGGUGUUAAAUACAGCACACGACUCAGUUUCUUGCCUAUUGUAUACGAUUGUGAUCUUUUAUCUGUACUAUUGUGCGUAUAAAUGGGGAGUAUCAAAAUAUUGUAUACUAUAUCCAGCAGAAAUAAUGGCAUUGCUAUUUUGUAAUAUUAAAGAAUUGUAAGUAUGA